CAGAAAGUCUAAAAUGGCGAAACCGCUAGGUAAGGACGUCAACCUGGGCUUGCAGAUGUCUGACACCAAGAGUCAAGUGCAGAAUCAAAGCCGACCUAUCACUACCAGGGAACUCGAGGACUUUCUCAAACUCCAGCCCGAAGAGGCUGCUCGCAAGCUGCUGCGGCAAAAGUCAAUGUGUUGCCUUCUUGUUCGGAAGCAGGAAGUGCAGGAUGAAUCUCUGAUGCUCCUGGUCCAAGUCUUUGCCCAUGUCGCAGCUCCCAUUUCCUGUAGGGAAACCAUGAAUGAACUAAUACUCUUGAUAUGUGGACAAGGAUUUUUGGAUAGGAUGUGUUCCUAUACCAUGAGGAUAAAAAGGAAAUACCCUGAAAAAUGCCAUGAUUUCCUUAAACACCUGUUUAUCCUUUUAGAAGCUUAUGCUGGAGUGAUAGUUAGUGCUAAUGUGGACAGACUGUCGAAUCUGAUUGAUAUGUGCUUGGCAGUGUUACAAGUAACUGAGGAUGCAGAAUUGUUGGAGAAAUAUGAAGAGCUACAGAAAUUGUCAAUGGAAGAGCAGCGAAAGGGGUAUCAUGGACAUGGAAGGAAGGCAAUAGAAACGAUUUCCCUUUUGGAUGAUGUAGAACCUCCAGAAGAUUUCAGAGACCUUCCUUCAUUUCCAACAUGUGAAGAACUGCUUAAAAGGGAACAACCCUUCGUCCGCAGGAACAUCACAAAGGGAGCUUACAAAGAUAACAAUCAUUAUUUAGAUGUGCAGUUCCGCCUGCUCCGGGAGGACUUCAUAAGACCUCUAAGAACAGGUAUCAAUGAUUUCAAAGAAGGCAUUCGCAACAGAGAUAUCAGAGUUUACAAGGAUGUUACUAUCAGCAAACCUGUCAUCAAAGAGGGAGAAAUUAUGCACAUAGCCCAAGUGAAGCUUCCGAAGCACAUCAAUUUAGAAAACAGCAAGCGACUGAUGCAUGAGAACUUGCUGUGUCUUAGUAAUGAUGGUUUUCAAACUUUACUCCUUGGAACAGUUGCUGAUACUGACAAUCUGGCUCGCAAAGGAUUCCUGGGCAUUAGAUUUCAUUCUGAUCUUAGGACGGUAGACCUCAAAGGCAGUUUUGUCAUGAUAGAGUCCAAAGCAUACUUUAUGGCUUACAAAUACGUUCUUCAAGGCUUAAAAAACCUGGCAGAUAAAGUACCAUUCGAGCCUUAUAUCAUCUAUGUAAAGCCAAAUGUGGACAUCCCAAAAUACUUACGAGAGGAUACAUUGUACGACUUACGUGUUGUCAAGGAUCUGGGGCUAAAGGUCAAGCCAGGCAUUUAUAGGAAACCUAUAGACGCUCCCCUUUGCAAUGUUAAUGUGAAGAGUGAAAUUGAUACGUGGCCCACUUCAGAGGAACUUGGAUUAGAUGACUCGCAACGUCGAGCUUUGCACAGUGCUCUCACGCAAUGUUUUGCUAUCAUCCAAGGACCUCCUGGAACUGGAAAAACCUUCAUUGGCCUUAAGAUUACGCAGGUAUUGCUCCAUAAUAGCACAAUCUGGAAGAAUAAAGUUGAUUCUAGCCCAAUACUGGUUAUCUCCUUCACAAAUCAUGCAUUGGAUCAAUUCCUCGAAGAAAUAUCGAAAUGCACUAAUAGGAUUGUCCGAGUGGGGAACAGAACCAAAAGUACAACUAUAGCUAAAUUCCAGAUCUCACAUGUAACAAGGUCAUUGGGCUUUAUCCCAAGUAAACACAGAAAAAAAGAAAUCAGAAGUAAGAUGGAACAUGUAGAGAAAGAGAUGAAAAAACUUCAAGCGAUAGCAGAAGGUCUCAAGCACCCACCAGGAAUCAUAAGUCUGAAUGCUUUAGUGAAAGUUAUUCCAAAUCCUUUCCUGUUUCAACUACAUUUUUAUCCUCUGUCACUUUGGCUGUUGGAUCAGCGCCUACUGGGAGAAGCCAAAAUGGACAUGAAAAGGCAGACCAAAUCGCUGAAACCAGCUUUUGAGGUACCUUCAGACCUCCACUUCGAAGUAACUCUCGAGUUUCUCGAGAAACAGAGGAAAGAGUCCGAAAGAAACCAGAAUGUACUUGCACAGAUGCACUUCCAGUUUCUUACACUUCAGAUGGAAAUUUUGCAAAUAGGUCUCCAGAUCCCCGAAGACCCAGACAAGAUCGUGGAGUUGGAGCAAACAUGUGUCAACAUCUGGACAAUGGGAAUCACAACUCGUUGGCAACUGUAUAAGCACUGGGUAAAGAAAUUUCGCUGCCAGAUUUUGGACCACUUAUCUACCGCAUUAGAUUCUCAUAGGAUAUUGAAUGAAGAUUUGCAAAAAUGUAAAAAUGAACAGUCAUUAUAUGCCAUGAAACAAGCAUCUGUUGUAGGUAUGACAACUACAGGAGCAGCAAGAAAUGCACAAGUUCUGAAAGAUCUAGCUCCGUCUAUAGUGAUUAUUGAAGAAGCGGCAGAGGUGUUAGAAUCCCAUGUUGUAACUUCUCUGACGACUGAAUGCAAGCAUGUAAUCCUGAUAGGCGACCACCAGCAGCUUCGACCAAGUCCGACAGUCCACGAGUUGGCCACGAAAUAUGAGCUUGGAAUCUCUCUCUUUGAGAGGAUGAUUAGAAAUGGUCUGCCCUUCUCGACCUUGGAGUACCAGCACCGGAUGCGCCCAAACAUUUCCACGCUGCUGGUGCCGUCCAUUUAUCCGGCGCUGAAGGACAGUCCCUCCGUCAACGGCUCCCCUCGUAUCAGAGGACUCCAGAAGGACGUGUUUUUCUUCUCGCACGAGUUUCCGGAGCAGAGGAAAGCCGACGAUGAUAUGAGCCACGAAAACCUGCGUGAGGCUCAGUUCCUGGUGGGUCUCUGCCGUCACCUCAUGCUGCAGGGCUACGCGCCGGAUGAAGUGACCAUCAUCGCCGCCUACUCUGGCCAGUUCUUUCUGCUGCGAAAGGCGGUGGCGGGUGGUGAGAGCGGCGGUGGAUGGUGGGCGUGCGGGCGUCUCCCCGGCAUGGUGUGGACACGGGCGUGGCGGCGCUGGCAGCGAUGGGCGUGCGUGGGCGUGGGUGUAGUGGUCGGCGCCUGGCUGCUGCUGGCGGCGCCAUGUGGCCUGCUGGCAUGCCCGCCCCGAGAGGCGGCCGAGGCUCACGCCGGCGCUGAGGGCGGCGUCGCCACGUCCGAGCUGGACACGGCGCGCCUCCUGUGCACGUACCUAUCGUCCGUGCCGCAAGGGCGGCAGCGGGAGGCCAAGGGCUCGCCGCAGCUGGGCGACAGCGGCCCCUACAGCGUCAUGUACGACUGGAUGGCCGCCACGCGCUCCUACGCCGUCAACGAGUCGGUGACCUGGCCACCCGCUGGUCCGGGCCGCUCUCGGUCGCCGUCUUCGUGCCGCACUCGACUUCUGCCUCGCUGCGGUUCGCAUCGCGCGCCUGCGGCUCUGCGGCCCGCCGGAGGUGCGGGAGAAAGUGUCGUGGCACCUGUUCUGGCCGCGCGACGUGCCCCCCGCGGCCGACUGGCACCUCGUGGUGGACGAGACGCUUCUGGACUGCGCGGGCGCCGACGAGGCCCUGGCGUGCGCGGGUACCGGGCGCGAGAGGUCAUGGCGUACCCGGUGAACGUGGCCCGCAACGUGGCUCGGACGGCGGCGCCAACCUGGUUCGUCCUCCCCUCCGACGUGGAGCUGUACCCGUCGGCCGACCUGGCGCAGCAGUUCGUGGCGAUGAUGGCGCGGGUCGGGGCGGGCCAGGACAAGAAGGUGGGCGGCGCCUGGCCGAGGGUGUUCGUGGUGCCCGUGUUCGAAGUGGCGGCGGUGGUGCCCGAAAACAAGGAGGAGCUCGUGCGCCAGUACCAGCGCAGCGACGCCGUCUACUUCCACCGGCACGUGUGCGCGCACUGCCAGAGGUUCCCUGCGAUCAAUGACUGGAUCCGCCAGCCGGGGAAGCCGGGCAUGAUACAGGCGUUCUCGGUCGUGAAGCGCCAGUACCCUUACCACCGCUGGGAGCCCAUUUACAUCUGCACCAAAGACGAGCCCUUGUACGACGAGCGGCUGUCCUGGGAGGGUCUGCAGGACAAGAUGACGCAGAUGCACGAGCUCUGUCUCCGUGGCUACAACCUGGUGAUCCUUGACCGGCCUUCCUCGUGCACGCCCCGGAAUCAAGCGAAGGAGCAAGACCAAGGCGAAGGACAGCGCCUGGAGAGACCCUUUCGUGGCGAAGAAUUCCCGCAUCUACGAUAA